AUGUAUUUAUUUCAAUCAACUAUUCUCUUAUUUUUUGUCGUUUCUCUAACAACAUGUUCAUCUGAAUAUCUCGGAGUAUCUCUAGGCUCUCUUCAAAAUUCAUCCUUCCCAGGCAUUUCAGGCAAUGUGUGGCUGGCUAACUCGACAACUUUACAAAUUAAUAAUUUUAAUAUAGAGCCACAUCAAAAAUUAAUAUUUGCCUUCAUUUCUGAAGAAGCUGUUGAACCAGUUAAAUUUUUGUAUAAAGUGGCUGGGGAAAAUAAUGGAGAACAAAUGUUAUUCCCUAUGAAAAGACGUUUGGAUGGCGGACUUUCUGAACAUCGUCUGGUAGCAAUUGCUCCACAUGGCACAACUAUAGAUCAAUGGAAAAGAUUCGGAUUGGUGACAGGGAAGAGCAAGAAGCAAGUAUCAGUUGUACAACUAGACAAGCCUAUCCCACAAAAAUUUUGCUGCCUCAAAAACAACGAAAAACCAGAUCAAGGAGUAAUUGGAGAUCAUUACAAUGCAGCAACUGGCCCAAUUUUGGUUGAAGACUCAAAAACUCUAGUAAUCCAAAAAUUUUCUUUGGAAGCUAACAAAGCGCCAGAUGCCUGGAUAUUUGCUGGAAAGGGAGAUGUCCGCCCAUCUACAGGCAAAAAAGCAAUGGUUAUUGGAAGGGACAGCUUGAAUAAACACUGCUCAUUGCGUGAAUACUACUCCGGGGAAAAUGAUUUACGAGUACGCCUUGCACCUGGACAGGAUAUUUAUCAAGUGGACUAUUUGAGUUUAUUUUGUUAUCAAUACGACGUCGAUUUUGGCCAUGUCUCUUUCCGACUUGAUCCCAAAGAAAAUCCUGUUCCUGCUUUUAUCCCAGAACUGGCAAAUACAAUUACUGCAAACAAAGGAGAUCCGGAACUUUUGGAAAAUAAUGAUUUGGAAGGAAGUUGUUGA